AAACUGAGUUGAUCUGCCUUCAUUGCAAACAGCAACGCUUUUAGAAUAUCACAUGUGAAACUACAGCAUUUUGCAUAACAGCAUCUGAACUUCAGAGUCGUUCCUCCAAAGUCUGAUCCUGCUGCUGCUAUGAAGACUCUUGUCUCCAUUUACAUUUUGUUGUGUCUCCUUUCCUCUGCUGCCUGCACUUCUUCUGCUGGUGAUAAUAGUUCAUCUGAAUCGGACCAGUCGUGCAAAUGGAAAUGGACCCCGAUAGGUUUUGGGAUUGGACUGACUUCCGGAGUUUCAAUAUCUAUUAUCUAUGUCUACUUAUGUUUAUGGAACAAGUCGGGGCGAACCAGGAGCCAAGACACCGAUGCAGGAAGUAAUGACAGCAGUGAGCCACUUCUGACCACAAGACCUGGAAGAAGAGGAAGUAAAGAACUCAUUGGACAUUACACUGAGACUGAAAAUGUAACAACAAAGGAGAACCAGAAGCUGCAGAGGCAUGAACUCCAACCCGUCAACAAGCCGUUACAUGAUACACUGAUUAAAGUCCAAACUGAACUGGAGAAGCAGAAAGAUCAGCUGCUGCAAAAAGUGAAAGACGUUGAGACUAAGAGGAAGGAAAACAAAGAGGAAGUUCAGAGAGUGGAUAAAAAAAUAACUGAGAGAAAAAACUCUGAUGAUGAUAAUGAGCUGAUAUUAGGAGAAAAAGAAGACCUGUUACAGUCUCAGUGGAAACUGGAUGAGGAGAAGAAACUUUAUGAAAGACAGAUACUGAACAUAGAGAAAGCUUUGGAACCUAUAGAGAUACAUAUGAUGAGAACAAUGGAGAAAAACAAGAAUGUUUAGAAAAUAACAAGAAAAUGUGUCUAAAACAGAACAAAGGACUAAAAAACUAUUGUGAAGUGACUGAUCCUAUUUUCUUUCUGUUUUCCCCACAUUCAUUUAACUAAAAAUAUUCUUUAUUGAACAUUUAUAAUGAUUGGAACAUGAAUUAUUAUAAUGUUGAUGACAAAACAGUGGAUUCAUUGGAAUCCUAUGGAAACUGAAAUUAUUACCAAUAGCUGAUGACAAAUGAACAAAUAAUUACUUCCCUUAAAACUGAUCAAAAGUGUUUCUCAUGAGAAUUCAUUUUUAUAUUUUCAUAUAUUUUGCUGGUUUAUAUUUUGUUUCGUUGGUGUUAGCUAAGAUAAACUUUUAUUUUUAUUCUGGGUUGUUUGUA